UUGAAUUUUUCUAAAUGGUAUAAAAUUUAUUUGUUUUUCAAUUUUUUAACACAAUAAAAUUUUUUCAAUUGUAACAAAAAAUAAAAAGACAAAAUUAAUAUUUAAAUAUUGCUGAGUUUUUACAAAACUCAUAAUUUAUGAUUUAUUGGUAUUUACUCAAUGGGGUAUAAAUUAAUUUCCAAGUUAAAUAUUUUGUUUUAUUUGAUAUCGAAAAGUUACGUUUUUUGAAAGAAAAGUUAUGUCAAAUAGCCAAAAUUUAGAAAAGAUUGAUCUUAUAGCCCCAACAACAGGAAAAUUAUUUUUUGAAAAGAAAAUUGAUUUAGAGUUUUGCAAGCCUCAUCUAAUGCCUCUCAAGUCAGUUACACUAGAGGCAGUAGAAAGAAUGCAAAAAGAAGCACAUCGACAACUUCAAGAAAAUAGUGCGAAAACAGCAUCAGAAACACAGUAUCAAAAUAUAUAA